GCUCCUUUGUGUUUCCCACAAUGCACCAGCUUCUCCUCCGCGGGAAAGAAAAAUGGCGAAGGGGUGUAGUGGAGCCGGGCAGCUUGUGAGGCUGGCGUGAGCCCCUCUCUCUGCCACGCUCGCCUCAGAGAGGCCGCGAAGAGCCCAGGCGACGACGGGCCUCUCGGGGAGGGCGCAUUGAGCGCACUGAUUUCCCUGUAUGAAGCGGUUGGCCCCAUUGGAGAGACCGAAUGAGAUAGUAAUUCCAAAGGAUACUACCAAGCAGGAAUUAUCCAUGGAUUUCUCUCUGUCACACACUCAGACACCAUGUCUCUAAGAGACUCUACGGGGGUGGGUAAUUCAGUGGUCCACAAGCGGUCUCCUUUACGGCGACACCAAAAGCCACCAGUCUCUGUGACCAAGCUGUCCUCACGGGAUGGACAGAAAGCCAAAAAGCCAGUGUGCAAAUUUGAAGAAGGUCAAGAUGUCCUAGCCAGGUGGUCAGAUGGCUUGUUUUAUCUUGGAACUAUCAAAAAGAUAAACAAACUGAAACAGAGCUGCUUCAUUAUAUUUGAAGACAGCUCAAAAUCCUGGGUUCUUUGGAAGGACAUACAAACAGGAGCGACUGAAAGUGGGGAAAUGGUCUGUACAAUAUGUCAAGAAGAAUAUUCAGAAGCACCCAAUGAAAUGGUUAUAUGUGAUAAAUGUGGUCAAGGUUAUCAUCAGCUAUGUCACACGCCAAAUAUUGAUUCUACUGUGAUAGAUUCGGAUGAUAAAUGGCUUUGCCGGCAGUGUGUCUUCGCAACAACAACAAAGAGAGGUGGCGCACUUAAGAAAGGACCAAAUGCCAAAGCCCUACAAGUCAUGAAGCAAACAUUGCCUUACAGUGUAGCAGACCUUGAAUGGGAUGCAGGCCAUAAAACGAAUGCCCAGCAGUGUUAUUGCUACUGUGGAGGUCCUGGAGACUGGUAUUUGAAGAUGCUACAGUGCUGCAAAUGUAAACAGUGGUUUCAUGAGGCUUGCGUGCAGUGCCUCCAAAAGCCAAUGCUUUUUGGUGACAGGUUUUAUACAUUCAUAUGUUCAGUUUGUAGUUCUGGACCAGAAUACCUCAAACGUUUACCCUUGCAAUGGGUGGACAUAGCACAUCUAUGCCUUUACAACCUAAGUGUUAUUCACAAAAAGAAAUAUUUUGAUUCAGAGCUUGAACUUAUGACCUACAUUAAUGAAAACUGGGAUCGACUGCACCCUGGUGAACUGGCAGACACACCAAAAUCUGAACGAUAUGAACAUGUCUUGGAGGCAUUAAAUGAUUACAAGACCAUGUUUAUGUCUGGAAAGGAGAUAAAGAAGAAAAAACAUUUGUUUGGCUUGAGAAUUCGUGUUCCUCCUUGCCCACCAAAUGCUGCUUUCAAGGCUGAGAAAGAACCUGAGGGAACUUCGCAUGAAUUCAAAAUUAAAGGCAGAAAAUCAUCUAAACCUGUGCCUGAUCAGAGGGAAGUUACUAAUGGUAUAGAAAAAAAGGGAAAGAAAAAGUCUGUUGGUCGUCCACCUGGUCCAUAUACCAGGAAAAUGAUUCAAAAAAUGUCUGAGCCAUCACUUUUGGAACCUGUCAUAGUGCAAGAAUCCCCUACUUUGGAUUUACCUAGCACUAUUGGAAGAUCUGAUGGAACAGCACAUUCUUCAAAUACCUCAGAUGUAGAAUCUACAGGUACUGUCAGUGCAAAAGAAACUACCUCAACCUGUAUUCCUAAACAUUACAGCUUAUCUGACUCCAGGAAAAGGACACGUACAGGAAGAACUUGGCCGGCUGCAAUACCACACUUAAGGAGGAGAGGUCGCCUUCCACGGAAAGCACUCCAAGCUCAGAAUUCUGAAAUUGUAAAAGACGACGAAGGCAAAGAUGAUUAUCAGUAUGACGAACUCAACACAGAGAUUCUGAAUAACUUAGCAGAUCAGGAGUUACAGCUUAACCAUCUCAAGAACUCUAUUACCAGUUACUUUGGUGCGGCAGGUAGGAUAGCUUGUGGUGAAAAAUACCGUGUUUUGGCUCGCCGGGUGACGCUUGAUGGAAAGGUGCAGUAUCUUGUGGAAUGGGAAGGAGCAACUGCCUCCUGACUGUAGGACAGAACAUUAUGUUCACUGUACUGCUGUUCACUAUUUAUAAUGCACAGUUGUAAAUCAGGCGUGCAGAAGGAAACUUUACGAUGUUUCUAAAAAUGGAAACCAAGUUAGCCUUAACUCUUGCUUAUUAACAGUACAAACAUUGUGAUAAGGAUACAUUAAAAAAAAUAAGAUUGGGUUAUUACAUUUUUAAAGUAAAGAUUUAGAUUGACUUUGGAUGGGAAUCUGGGAUUUCAGUUUGCUUUAAGAUGUGCAUGAAUACAGAGUGACUGUCUAAAGUACAGUCUAAGGAUACUCCUUUUUUGCGAUUAGGGAAUAUUUUCUAUAGCUAGGGAAACAAUUUUUAGGAUGACUCUUAAUCUUUUCUUACCCAAAUGUUUGCAAAGGUGUAUUUCUACAUUGACAACCCUAGAUUUUCAUAAGGUGCAGUGUAUAUAAUUCCUACGGAGGACUGUAAAAUAUUAAAUUCUUCUUUCAAGCAAAGUGUAAAAAAAUAUAUAUUGAGCCUGUAAAUUGCUCUGUGACUAGACUUUGUGGUCUCUUUAAUAUAUUCUUUGCAUGUGUGUAUAUGUACACCUAUGUGUGCAUGUGUAUAUAUGUGUGGUUGUGACCUAUGCAAUAUCAAUUAUGGGAUUGGGCAGCUUUUGACUAUAUAUCCCAUAAUUCUUUUAUCAGGAAUAGUUGCAGUAUUUACACAGCAGCAUUUCUUCUCAGGCGUUAUUGGGUGCUGUUGCUUGCCACAUACUACAGAAUAUGUGUCAAAUGAGUGUUGUGUGUUCUGGCAGUGAGUCAGUGAGUUCAUAUGCCUUUUUAGAAGUAAAGUCAGGGUGCAACCAUGCAUGCCAGGAUCCAGAGCAGUCAUAUUUCCUGGUCUCUUAACUGUGAUUACAGAUAGGAAAUGCCCCUUUAGGCUUGCACGUUCCUCCCCCCCCCCCCCUCCUGUGCAGAUUUACCUCUCCUUUCCCCUGUCAAUGAUAACCAUGGGAGGGAGGGGUAGCACAGCAUCUUCUUCAGUGUUUUUUGCUAACUAGAAUCUGCAAAUCCACUUCAGAUCCAGCUGCAACACCAACCUUUGAUUAACGGAGAGGAAGUGCUUGUUCCCGUUUGUAAACAUGGUUAAGAUAUCUAGUUAUUUGUCUCUGGUCUGGGCCAGGUGGCGUAAAUAGCCUUUACUUUCUCAACUUAACUGCACAGGACUGCAGCCCCAAUUAAUUUUGGAUAAAAGUCAGCCAUUUGAGAAACAAAUCGGGACAUGGAAAUUUGAACAUGCUUAAAUGAAAUUCUAAGGUUUUGUGACACACUGAUUGUAAAUUUUGUCUCCCAGUAAUUAAAGUCAGGAGUCACACAAGAUUCCUUUGUAUGUAAUGUUUUGUAUUCAUGUUUGAUAAGUGUAGUUGGAACAAAGUGUUUAAUUGCA